AUGAUGCCCCACCCCAGACCCCAACCCCAUCGGUCCUCUCCCCACCUCACCAUGCCCCCACCCAACCCCCAUCCGGUUCCUCUCCGCCCAACCUCAUCAGAUCCAACCCCAUCAGUUCCUCUCCCCAAAACCCACCAGAUCCCAAUCCCACCAGGUCGUCUCCCCCAACCCACUCAGUUCCUCUCCCCCAACCUCACCAGAUCCCCAACCCCACCGUCCUCUCCCCCACCCCCAGCCAGAGUCCCGACCCCACCAAGCCCAACCCCGCUCAGUUCUCUCCCACAACCUCACCAUAUUCCCUACCCACCAGAUCCCCACCCCAUCAAGAUCCCCAACACCCACCAUAUCCCCAACUCACCAGAUCCCCAACCUCCCACCAAUCCCCAAACUUCAUUAGGUCCUCUCCCCCACCCUCACCAGAUCCCCAACCCCAACCAGAUCCCAAACCCACCAGAGCCCCACAUCACCAGAUCCCCUCCCCACCAAAGCCCCACCCCACCAUAUCCCAACCCCAACCAGAGGCCCCAACAUCACCAGGGCCCCAACCCCUACAUGGAACCCCAACCCCCCAUCAGGUCCUCGUCCCCAACCUCACCAGAUCCCAACCCCAAUCGUACCAUCUCCCCAACCUCACAACGAGAGCCCCAACCCCAUCAGUUCCUCUCCCCCAACCUCAACCUCACCAGAUCCCAACCCCCCCAGUUCACACUCCCCAAACCCCACCAUAGUCCCAACCUAAACCAAUCCCAACCCACCAGGUCCUCUCCCCCACCCCCGAGUUCCUCUCGCCAACCCCACCAGCUCCUCUCCCCAACCCCACCAGAGCCCAACCCCACCAGACCCCACCCCACCAGAGCCCAACCUCAACCAGAGCCCCACCCCCCUAGAAACCCCAACUCCCAUCAGGGUCCUAUCCCCUAA